CGUUUCUCCACUUUAACUUUGAAUUGACCCGCUCCUUCCCGACCGGCCGAAUGCCAAACGGACAGGACCUUGAUGUCAUCUCUUGGCUGCUGAUGUAAGCAGUGGCCAUUAAGGUUAUUACUCUUAUCAGAUCUUUUUUUGCUUGAUGAGCAAGCAUCUGAUAAGAUAAGCAGCCUGGACUCGCAUGGCUCAUCCUGUCUCCCUCAUCUCCAGUUUGUCCCUGUUCAAGAUCAUCGGAUCUUCCACUCCACUUCAUCGUGCAAGUCGAUCUUUGCGCGUGUUUUCAUUACCCCUCACACCCCUCUCGAGUCACGAAGAUCUCCUUUGCGGAGGGUUGCCCCUAACGCACUUAGUGUUCAACGUCUUCGCCAUGUUUUGGUCCACAUCUCUAUACCUAUACUUACACGAGCUGGGCCGCUAAAAAGUAUGGGUAGGAUGUUAGUGCUUUUCGCGGGCGGCCCCCAUACAAAACCUCGCUUGCACUACCAAACUCAUAACACACAGCCCAACACUGCACUGUUCUCCCGCAAAAGAAUUGUUAGACCUAACAUCUUAACUUCCAUUUCUGUUAGUGCAUUUUGCACCUCCAUUUACACCUCCAUUUGCACAUCUAUUUCAAAUCAAAGGUUUCUCUCUACUU